AUGAUAAACACUCCCCACUUCAUCAACUCUCGUUCAUGGACGCUUAAGAAUCUCCGUCCGUUUGAUCGACAAGCCUAUGUGGACUCUUUACUUUCCCAGUACCAAGAGAUACCUGAAGAAUUUCGUUUAUGGAUACUGGAGUGGCCGAACUGUCUUGCGAUUUCUUGCAUGUGGCCUGGUCUCCCGUUCGUCGAUUGCUUCAAGGGAAACGCGGAGAGGCGGUAUGGCGUCAAUUGGUUGGGGUACAAAAGUGAAUCACCACAACUUUUAGCAGCUAUUUGCCAAUCUGAGACACCGAACGUCAAAUUUGUACCGGGUUUAUUGAUAUGGAGAGCAUUCACCACAACGGAAUGGCUGGUUUUUAGUCGUGAAGGCGAUUCUCUCUUUGGUCGGGUGUAUGUCAAGGAUUUCAUGAAGUUGGAGUCCUCCGUUAUCAUUCCUCACGAGUCACUAGUUGAAUAUGCUGGCGGUCGGACAGAGCAUGAGGACUUCGAGGACGAGCAGAUGUACCCAGGUUUGACAACACAAUACUUACCAUAA